UGCUAGACCGCUAAAACCGGAAGUCAGCGGCUCUGAAUUCGGACAGUACUAGCCUCGUUUUUAUUCCCGCCCCCAGGUCCAGUUGCUUAGCUACCGUGACAGCGGCAAACAAGCUGGGAAAAUGGAUCCAGAAAUCUGUUGUCUUUUCCUGUCAUACGUAUUAGGUAAUGACCUGCUUAAUCUCCGUCGCCGACGUUAUUUUUAAGGCUGAGAAGCAGUCAUAUCCAGCAUUCAUUCAAACAUUGUCACAGGCAGUUUGUGACCAUCAGGGCCGCUUUAUUGACACCUAUGUGGGCUGGCCUGGGUCGGUCCAUGAUUCCAGGGCGCUCUGCCAUAGCCCACUGUACAAGCAGUCAGCCUAUCCUCCUCCAGGACACUUCAUCCUCGCAGAUGGAGGGUACCCCUGCCUCCAACAUCCACUCCCCCUCAUCACCCCCUACAAACGGGUGGUUCCAGGUGUGGGAGCCCAGCGCUUCAACAGCCGUCAUUCCAGGGCACGCUGCAUCAUAGAGUGUGCUUAUGGAAUGAAGAAGACCAGGUUCAGGUCAAUCUUCCUGAAAGCGCUGGAGGUGCACCACACCUUUGUACCUCAUGUCAUCACAGCAUGCACCAUUCUGCACAACAUCUGCCUCAGUGCUGGUGACAUUGUGCCGCAGGAGGAUGAACCUGAGGAUGAUGUUGCAGAAGAUGAGGGGGAGGCUGGCUUGCACUGUGGUGGGACCAACUUGUUGCUGAGGUGGCUGCUCUGGAGGAGGUACCACCAGACCACGAUUACUGUUAGCAGUGAUGUGACAGCCGUUGAUUGAGCCAGCCCAGCAAACCCUUUGGAUGGACGAUGCAGUGGACAGUGAGACGAUGCAUCCAGAAGCACCCUCUGCAGACCUCCCUGUGUGAUGUUCCACUCUCCAACCAGAAAAGUCCAGGCACUGGUCUCGGUUCCAGCACUCCAUCCCAUCUCAGGGAUCCAUGUGCUACAGAUUUAUCACCACCAAAGACCUCCUGUUUACCAAAUUCAAAUAAACGGUCCAGGAAAUGUCACUCAGGUUAAUCCUGCUUUAAAUGCACAUACUUGUUAUAUUGUUAUCUUCAAAUGAUUUCUAUGUAUUACUGUUUCCCCUCACCAUUAAUAUAUCCUGUUGUUACGUAAAAAAAAUCUGAAUAAUAAUAAAACCGUUAAAAUGA